ACUACAUUUCCCAGGAUGCAAAUCCCUGCCUGGAAGCGCGUGGGGGCUGUGGCCGCAGGAGGGUGGCUGGAGCCGUGAGAACAGGAACGGCCGCCGGGUCCCUGCACAGCAGCACAGCCUUGGGGUGCUGUCCCUACUCCGGAUGCUCCCCUCUCGCCUCCUUCGCCAAGCCCUCCCUCGGCCAGCCCCCAGCUCCUGGUACUCAACAGCCAGUCCCGUCAUGGAGGAGAAGCCGGUGGAGUCGUCUAUUCGCGCCAAGCUCCUGCAAGCCCUGCAGCCAGUGCACCUGGAGGUGCACAACGAGAGCUCCAUGCACGCUGUGCCCCGGGGCUCCGAGACCCACUUCAAGGUGGUGAUCGCCAGCCAGCGCUUCGCCGGCCUGCCCCUGCUCCAGCGCCACCGGCUGGUGAAUGAGAUCCUCCAGGCUGAACUGGCUGGGCCCGUGCAUGCCCUCUCCAUCCAAGCCAAGACCCCCCAGCAGUGGGAAGAGAACCAGAGUGUGAGCCAGAGUCCGGGGUGCCUUGGGGGAUCCAGACACGACCCGCACAUGGCGACCAAACUGGGCAGCCAGGGGUAACCCUGAGGGACGGCGCUGGGGGUCAGGGGGUUGGGUUAGCUCAGUUCACUCCCCGGAGUGACCCUUACACUCGUUUUGUGACCACAUCCAGAGCCUUGCAAAGCCGCCUAGCGCUGGAAGUGGAAACAUUCACAGGCUGGGGUUGCACCACCAAUGCCGGGAGUCCACCAGGGUCAGCCCCAGACUCUGCCCGCCCCCUGCACUUGGCCGUGGGUUAUUGGCUUUUCGGUUGGUCGUGUGAAAUAUCCCUGGCUCCGCUGCUGUCAUGGUAGUGGGAGGGUCCAGCUAGCGCACCCGGUAGGUUCCCGAUAGACACUAACACAUGUGUUCACGAUAAUUGUGUCUGCAGAACUGGGUGAGAUUUGCGAAGCCUGAUUUUGAAUGGAGACUGGGUGCCCGAAAUCUCUCCAACAGCUUUAAAAAGCUCAGUGUCGUGCGUUUAAAGGGGGAGGGAAAGCCCUUGUGUUGUUAAUAAAGCUCUCGGCUGAGCAAAGAAUGGGUUCACACUGGAAAGCAGUGACUCGUGUCUCUGGAUUUGGUUGACUCUGGUUGAGUCUGCAGCUGCAAAAUCUGUAUUUCACAUGGGAAACUGAGACAAGCUGGCUUGGUUUUUACCCCGUGCACAUCGUCCCCAGCUACAAGGAUUCUGCAGAGCAGACCCUGCCCCUGAUGACCGGGGAUGUAAUUUGGGACUGUCAUUGGAACAGGUGAGGAUGUUCGAGCUAGAAUAAACUCUGGCGCCUGCUCCUGUCUCUGGGCUGGCCCUGCAAGGCUCAUAGAAGCCCUUUGGCUUGUGCUGGCUCUGCAGGGCUACUAAAAAUAUAUGUAAGGCCAAUGAGAGAGAAGUCAUUUCCGCUAUCAGCUAUGAGCGCUGCAUCCAGAGAGGCAGCAGAUGAAUAAUGCUAAUAAUACCUACCUGGGAUAGAGCCGGCGAUGCCUUUUCCCCAUUUGCUGCAGGGAGGAAAACAGAAAUUAAGGGUUGAAAGAAUCAUCAUCAGUUCUGCUUCGUUUCAGUGUUAACUCUUCAUCGGUUCUGCUGUAUUUUGCAAUGUGUUCAGCUUGGGGCAAUGGAAAAUAGACUGGUCAGUUUUG